AUGAAGUCAAAAGAAUGUUCAAUAUGUUUAAAUGGUAUUUCAAAGUACCGCUGCCCAAAAUGUGAGAUUAAAAUAUGUUCUAUGAGUUGUUCACGUCAACACAAAAUGAUAAAGUCAUGUUCUGGAAUGUUUAAUCCAGCAUCUUUUUUAAAUAAAAAAGAAUUGUUAACUAUUCAAAGUUUGGACCGAGAUUACAACUUUUUAUCAAAUAUUGAAUCUUGUUUGGAUAGAUGUGUUAGAAAUAGAAUGAAUUUGCCGUCUAAAAACUAUGCUUUACGGCUUAAAAAAACUAUUGAAAGAAAUGGAAUUCAUUAUUUUAUAUCUCCCCGGGGAAUGAGCAGAGCAUCUCAAAAUAAGACAUUCUGGGAUCAAAAAAAAAAGAAGCUUUUUUGGACGAUAGAGUGGAUUUAUAUAAAAAAUGGAUCAAAAAUAUCAAAAAUUGAACAUAAAAUCCCAUCUGAUGAAGAUAUUAUGAAAGCAUAUAAAAAUUUUAUUCAUAAAAGAAAUAUUAAAGAAUUACUUGAUAUAGAUGAUCAAAUAGUGGAAUUUAUGAUAAAAAAAGCUAACUCUCCAGCAAAUAAUCCUAUUUUUGAAACAAUAGAUAAAAAUAAGCCUUUAUUAGAAAGUUUUAAAGGAAUGACUAUUCUAGAAUUUCCUACUAUUUAUAUUACAAUUAAUGAAGAUAAAAAUGUAACUUCAAUGAUUCAAGAGGAAGUAAAAGAAAAAAUACAGAUUGAAAAGAAAGUAGAUUUUAAAAUAAAUGCUAAACAAAAUGGAAUUGUUGAUUAUGAUAGUGAAGAGUAGGGCAUUAACUUAUAUUAUCCAACAAAAAUAGAUUCUAUUUUUUAUUUUUUAAAUAUAGAAAAACU